AUGUGUUAUUCACAUCACCCCAACGGUGGUGAUGCUCAUCGGAGAUUUGGCAUUUAUUUGGCGGCCCCCGUCAAUAAAAAAAAAAAAAAUUUAGAGACCCAUGAAGUUUCCACCGUCAGGGAAGACACCACUAGUAAAGACACCAGGAAAGACCCCAUGGACCUCAAGACAACGUAUACUCACAGGAGUAUAGAGCCGAUAUACGUGGGUUCAACCAGCGCCACGAUCAACACAUUGGAUGGGAGAUAUAUGGCCACGCCCAGGGAUGAACACGUGAUCAUCACCGAUCUAGAUUCGAAUGAAAUCUACUGCCAAGUUCCAGGCGAUGACGAUGAAGUGAUCACGAGUCUUUGCUUUAGCCCCAAUGGUCGACAUCUCGCUAUAUGCUCGCAAUCUCAACAGCUCCGGGUUUUUGAUUUGCUGAGUCGAUCGAUAGCCAAGACGUUCAAGUUGUCGUCGCCAGUGUAUAUGUCCUGUGCAGAUGCCAGCUCAAGUUUAUUUGCGUUUGGUGGCACCGAUGGAGUUGUCACCGUGUGGGACAUUGAAGGCGGCUUUGUUUCGCAGUCUUUAAAGGGCCACGGUACUAUCAUCUGCUCGCUUAGCAUACACGGAGAACCUCACGAGCCGAAUUGGAGAUUGGCCCUGGGGGACACGAUGGGCACGGUGAAGAUUUGGGACUUGGAAAGAAAGAAAUGCAUACAUACUUUAAAUGACCACAAUACUGCUGUGAGAGGCGUGGCCUUUGACAACCUGUUUGAGUAUUUCUUAUCUGGUGGACGAGACCAGAUAGUCAUCAUCUACAGCACCAAGAACUUCAAGCCGUUGGAGACGUAUCAUAUUCGGGAACAGAUUGAAGCUUGUGGGUUUGUGAAAUUUGUCAAUGAAACCCAGUAUUUUUACACUGCCGGUUCCAGCAACACGUUGCGGUUAUGGGAAAUCAAGACUGGGGAUUUGAUUGCUCAGUCUCCUGCACCAUUAAAGACUAACGAGGAAUUGCUCAUUGUCCACGCAAUCAAAGUUGAAGAGCAAAGAAAAAUUUAUCUUGUGGUGAGUGACCAAACUGUUGUAGAAGUCGAUUUGCUGAUUGAGGAUCAGAGAAUCGAGAAGGAUCACGUGUUUGACUUGCCCUGUGUGAGAAAGAUUGCCGGGAACCAAGGUGUUGUGGCUGAUGUCAAGUACGUGGGUCCCGAUUUGAACUUAUUGGCCAUGGCUACUAAUGCUCCGGCCUUGAGGGUUUUGAAUUUGGAAAAGCCUUUUGAAGUUGCAAUGUAUGAAGGACACACGGAUUUGCUCAACGCCGUUGACGCGAGCGCCGAUGGUGUUUGGAUUGCUACUGCUUCAAAGGAUGGGGAAGCCAGAGUGUGGAAUUGGAGUGACAAAACACUGGCGUUUGAGCCGUUUGCUGUUUUCCAAGGGCACGCGGGGUCCGUCACGGCAAUCAGUUUCAACAAGCUGACGACGACACCCACUUUUCUCGUUACUGGGUCGAAUGAUUUGACGGUUAAAAAAUGGAAGAUUCCCAAGGUCCCAGGCGAAGUUGUCAAACAUUCCGUUUUCACUAGAAGAGCUCACGACAAGGACAUUAACGCCAUUGACGUUUCGCCAAAUGACGAGUUUUUCGCCACUGCCUCAUACGACAAGCUCGCAAAAGUGUGGAGUUCAGAGACUGGAGAAACAGUGGGGGUGUUGAAGGGCCACAAGCGGGGGCUUUGGGAUGUGAAUUUUUACAAGUACGACAAGUUGAUUGCCACAGGUAGCGGUGACAAGACGGUAAAAGUGUGGUCGUUGCAUGAUUUCGCGUGUAAAAAGACGUUGGAAGGGCACACGAAUGCCGUGCAACGGGUGAGGUUUUUUAAUAGCGUCAAUGCACAGUUAGUAUCGAGCGGUGCUGAUGGGUUGGUCAAGUUGUGGGACUACAAGACUGAAGAAACUAUCAAGACUUUGGACAAUCACGCGGACAGGAUAUGGGCUUUGGCUGUCAAGGACGACGAAGGCGAUGAGUUUGUCACUGCUGAUGGGGAUGGCAAAAUUGUUGUUUGGAAAGACAAUACCGCGGAGGAGGUCAAGGAGAAGGAACUACAGGAGAAGGAAAAGAUUGAACAAGAACAGGAUUUGAGCAACUUUAUCAAGAACCAAGAUUGGAGCAAUGCUUUCCUACUAGCGUUGUCGUUGAACCACUCAAUGAGGCUAUACAAUGUGAUCAAAUCGUGCAUUGAGACCAAUAUCGACGCCGACUCGCUGAUUGGCUCGUUUGAGUUGGAACUGACAAUCAGCCUGUUGAAUAAUGAGCAGCUAGUUCUACUUUUCAAAAAGAUUCGAGAUUGGAAUGUCAAUUUCAAGUUUUUUGAAAUCAGCCAAAACUUGUUGCAUGUCAUUUUGCACAAUUUUGCAAUUGAAAAGUUGAUUGAGAUCCCGGGAGUCAUGAAGAAUGUUGAUAGUAUUUUACCAUAUAAUGAGCGCCAUUAUAGCAGGUUGGACGACUUGAUAGAGCAGACCUAUGUCUUGGACUAUACAGUUGAGCAAAUGAACCGGUUAUUAGCUUGA